AUGGGGACGACCACCGUCAACAUAACCGAGUCCAAGUCCCCUAAGCAAGCAUCCCCAACCAGGCAAGGUUCCAUCGCCAGCGCCAAGAUCGACUCAAUCACCAAGCCGGACGCUGUGUCCAAUGCUCCGGCGACCAAGCCGCUUGCACCGCCGCCUCGACCAGGACAAUCCCAACCAGGAUCUAAUACUCCCGGUGAAUACUUUGCGCCUCAGGUCUCCGGAGGCUCCCUCAGCCUGGAGCCCAAUCCGUUUGAGCAGUCGUUUGGGGGUGGUGGACCAGAAACGCCUGGAGGCACCAAGCUACCCAGCGUCGCGGCCCUGACCUCUCCCUCGUCGCUGCUCCCCGGUAGCAACGCGACUCCCUUCAACUGGGGUCCAGGCUCCUUGCGGACCGGCCCGCUUAGUCCAGCUAUGCUGUCGGGCCCUACCGACUACUUCGGCGACACACAUCACCUCCGCGGCGGCUUCCCUACGCCCAACGAGUCCUCCCUGCGCACCGGACUGACACCGGGUGGGAGCGGGUCUAUGUUCCCGGCCCCGAGCCCCAACUCUGCACUCUUCGCGCAGCUUGCAAGCGGCGGCGCGACCCCAAACACCAUCGACUUUCAUCGAACGGCCCUGAGCGCUGCCGCCAAGCGUGAACAGGCCAACAGCCUCGCGCGAGCUCAAGCGCAAGCAUCGGCACCGCAGCCUCAGCCAGUAACGUCUCAACCUCAAGACAUGACCUCAGUCCCCGUCAUUCCCAAGGUCGAAGCCAAGCCCGCCUCCGGACCCUUUGACCCUCACGAUAACGACGCGGCCAACGGCCUCUACAUGCUCGCUCAAGGGAGGAACGGAACCCAGCCUACUCCUCAGUUCACAGUGACGUCUGCUCCGGCGGCACACGCGCCUCCGGCCCCCGUGGUCCCGCCCACCAUGAGCACGUCUCCUCCCAUGCCUACCAAGGCAGAUCCGCGACGAGGUGUCAGUGAAGUCAGCAACAUGUCAGAGGAAAGCGACCAGAAGCCUCAGACACGAGCCAAGGGAAAGAAGAGUACCCCAGCUACCAAUGGCAGGAGGAAAGCCGACGAGGCGCCUGCCAAAGCACCGCCAACGAAGAGAACAAAAGCCAACAGUGGCGCGCCUAGCAGCAACGGCGAUGAUGAGGAUCAUUCCGACGACGAUGCGGAUUCCAAAUUUGACGACAAUGGACCAGGCAAGUCAAAGAUGACAGACGAGGAGAAGCGUAAGAACUUCUUGGAACGCAACCGUGUUGCGGCUCUCAAAUGUCGACAGCGCAAGAAGCAGUGGCUUGCCAACCUCCAAACCAAGGUGGAGGUAUUUAGCAGUGAGAAUGAAGCUUUGACUCAGCAGAUUACGCAGCUGCGAGAGGAGGUUGUCAACCUCAAGACUCUUCUGCUUGCCCACAAAGAUUGUCCCGUCACUCAGCAGCAAGGCCUUCACGGGGCCUUCAUGUCUCAAGUCGUUGAGCCCUACAACCCUCAGAUGAACCCAUAUGGCAUGGCAGCCCCGAUGCCUGGCCAGGGCGUCAUGGCUGGCCAAGGUGUCAACCGCCGUUUCUCCUAG